UCAGUGUCGAGGGGGAUUGUGGGCCGGCUCGGAGUGCUGACGAGUCUUCUGGAGGACUCAGGCUGAGGACGUGGAGCGAUGGCGCCCAAAGGUAGCAACAAGCAGCAGUCGGAGGAGGAUCUGUUGCUGCAGGACUUCAGCAGAAAUGUCUCGGCCAAAUCAUCCGCACUCUUUUAUGGAAACGCGUUUAUUGUCUCGGCCAUUCCUAUCUGGCUCUACUGGAGGAUCUGGCACAUGGACCUUGUCCAGUCUGCAGUUCUGUAUUGUGUUAUGACUCUUGUCAGUACCUAUCUUGUGGCAUUUGCUUACAAAAAUGUAAAGUUUGUCCUGAAACACAAGGUUGCGCAGAAGAGAGAAGAUGCAGUGUCCAAGGAGGUCACUCGGAAAUUGUCAGAGGCUGACAACAGGAAAAUGUCUCGCAAAGAAAAGGAUGAAAGAAUUCUCUGGAAAAAGAAUGAAGUGGCUGACUAUGAAGCUACAACCUUUUCGAUCUUUUACAACAACACCCUGUUCCUCGUUAUGGUGAUCAUUGCCUCGUUCUUUAUUCUGAAGAAUUUCAAUCCGACAGUAAACUACAUCCUGUCCAUCUGUGCUUCAUCGGGGUUGAUUGCUCUUCUUUCUACAGGCUCAAAGUAAUUGCCUCUGGCUUUCUUUGUGAGAUAAUGUCAGUAAUGAUAUGGUCUGUGUACUUAAGGAUGAGGUCAUUUAGAUUUUAAAGUCUAUAACUUUGAGACCUGAAACCACAGAAUUGGCCACUUAACUGAGACAACUAGAGUUCUGUGAACUGCGUUUUUUUACAAUCUACCUGCAUUCCAUGUUUUCAGUUAUGGAUGUACUUAAUAAAAAUGAAUGCAUUUUGCAACCAGA